CCUCGUAACCCUAAACCGCUAAACCUCGUUCGUCCCCAUGGCGUCACCCCCGCCGCCGCCGCCGAAGCUUCCGAUCCCCGGCCGCCGGAACAUACUCAUCACCAGCGCGUUGCCCUACGUCAACAACGUCCCGCACCUCGGGAACAUCAUCGGCUGCGUGCUCAGCGCCGACGUGUUCGCGCGGUACUGCCGGCUGCGGGGGUACAACGCGAUCUACAUAUGCGGCACCGACGAGUACGGGACGGCCACCGAGACCAAGGCCUUGGAGGAGAAGUGCUCGCCCAAGGAGAUCUGCGACAAGUACCAUGCUAUCCAUGACGAAGUUUACAAGUGGUUCGACAUAAAGUUUGACAAGUUUGGGCGGACUUCCUCUCCCCAACAGACAGAAGUCUGCCAGUCGAUUUUCCAUAAACUGAUGGAAAACAAAUGGCUCGCAGAGAAUACCAUGCAGCAGCUUUACUGUGACACGUGCCAACGAUUCUUAGCCGAUAGGCUCGUAGAGGGGAAAUGUCCUACAGAAGGCUGUAAUUAUGAAGCAGCAAGAGGUGAUCAAUGUGAAAAUUGCAGCAAAUUGUUGAACCCUACUGAGUUAAUUGAUCCGAAGUGUAAGGUCUGUAAGAAUACUCCACGUAUUCGUGACACAGAUCACUUAUUCUUGGAGCUUCCUCUAUUGAGUGAUAAGUUGGUAAACUACAUCAACAAUACUUCGGUAGCUGGCAUGUGGAGUCAAAAUGCUAUUCAAGCAACAAAUGCAUGGUUGAAGGAAGGGUUAAAGCAACGCUGUAUCACCAGAGAUCUUAAAUGGGGAGUUCCUGUUCCACAUGAGAAGUACAAAGACAAGGUGUUCUAUGUUUGGUUUGAUGCACCAAUUGGGUACAUAUCUAUCACAGCAUCCUAUACGCCUGAUUGGGAGAAAUGGUGGAAGGAUCCUGAUAAUGUAGAAUUGUUCCAGUUCAUGGGUAAAGAUAAUGUGCCAUUUCACACGGUCAUGUUCCCUUCAACACUACUGGGAACUGGUGAAAACUGGACAAUGAUGAAGACCAUAAGUGUUACAGAAUAUUUAAAUUAUGAAGCAGGAAAGUUUUCGAAGAGUCACGGUAUUGGUGUCUUUGGUAACGAUGCGAAGAUUACAAAUAUUCCUCCUGAAGUAUGGCGAUACUACUUGCUUAUGAACCGCCCCGAGGUAUCAGAUACACUGUUCACUUGGGAUGAUUUACAAGCUAAAUUGAACAGUGAGUUGCUGAACAACCUGGGAAACUUCAUCAACCGCGUGCUAAGCUUUGUUGCGAAACCAGCUGGAGCUGGAUAUGACUCCAUCAUACCUGAUGCUCCUAAUGCUGAGUCACAUCCACUGACGAAUGCACUUGCAGAAAAAACUAAUAAAUGGGUUGAACAAUAUCUUGAGGCAAUGGAGAAGGUUAAACUAAAACAGGGACUGAAGAGUGCGAUGGCGAUUUCUAGUGAUGGAAAUGCAUAUUUGCAGGAGAGCCAAUUUUGGAAGCUUUAUAAGGAAGAUCCAGCAACCUGUGCCAUUGUGAUGAAAACUUCAGUUGGUGUUGUCUAUCUCCUUGCCUGUCUGCUGGAGCCUUUUAUGCCACCCUUUUCUAGAGAAGUGCUGCGACAAUUAAAUAUGUCCCCAGAUGAAGAUCUGACCUUCUGUGAUGAUAAAGGAGAUACUGCCAAAGCAAAAAGACCCUGGGAUUUUAUACCAGCAGGACACAAAAUAGGAAAGCCAGUCCCCCUAUUUAAGGAACUAACAAAUGCUGAAGUGGAGGCGUUUAGGAGUAAAUUUGCGGGCAGCCAAGCUGAAAGGAGCUCAAAGGCAGAAGCUGAUGCUGAAGCCAAGAAAGUUGCUGACAAGCUCAAGGGCACAAAAUUAUCUGAGGGUAGUUCAAAGAAGAAACAAUCUGGUGGUUCGAAAUCAAAGACAGCAGAGGAACUCUCAGUUUCCAAGCUGGAUAUUCGAGUAGGGCUUAUCAGAAAAGCAGAGAAGCAUCCAGAUGCUGAUUCACUUUAUGUAGAAGAGAUUGAUGUUGGAGAAGAGGCACCAAGAACAGUGGUUAGCGGCCUUGUGAAAUACAUCCCUCUUGAAGAAAUGCAGAACCGGAAAGUGUGCGUGCUCUGCAAUCUUAAGCCAGUGGCAAUGCGCGGUAUAAAAUCACACGCUAUGGUUUUGGCUGCAUCGAAUGAAGACCAUACAAAGGUUGAGUUGGUUGAUCCUCCAGAAUCCGCAGUCGUGGGAGAGAAGGUGACCUUUGCUGGGCACUCCGGAGAGCCAGAGGCUUCUCUUAACGCCAAGAGUAAGACUUGGGAAAAGUUAUCCGCUGACCUGCACAGCAACGGCGAGCUUGUGGCAUGCUACAAAGAUGUUCCGUUCUCAACUUCGGCUGGGGUAUGCAAGGUCAAGACUAUAGCAAAUGGGGAGAUUCGUUAAGUCACAGUGCCUGCAGUCUGAACGAACUGCUGUCUGAUUGCAUCGGAAGUUAAUAUUGCUGAUUUACUCUGUUUCGGAAAUUUUGAUGCUGCCUUGUGAGUACUUUGUAUUGGGAGAAAUGCCAGUAUGAAUACUCUGCACACCAUUGUGAUUUGAAGUUUACCAAGAGACCUUUGUUUGAUUUA